CGAAGAAAUUAAAAGCAUGGUUUGCAAGUUCUUCGCCAGUAUUUCAAGGGCCAGAUGUCUAGCCAUUAUUCAUAUUACUGUUAAGGUAUAUAGAUUUGCAAAUAUCCAAGUACAUAAAAAUUCUCUCCAUAAGUUUUUUUUUUGUUUAAUCAAUUAAUGCUGUCUCUUACAUUUGCUAUCAGGUCAUCAAGCAAUUAGAACCUCAGCUCCAAUUUCCUUACCUAUCCCAAUUGAGCGCUAGCUUUUCUGUGUUCGAUCUGAAAGUGUUGCCAAUAAUUCUUAGGAGCUGCCCAAAGCUAGAAUCUCUCAUCUUGGUGAAGAAUAGCUCUAACCUCUGUUAUAAUAUUGUUUGUGAAGAUUGUAUCUAUGCAUCUACUUAACUUGUUUUCCUUUGUUUUUUCUUACUCUCACAGGACUUGGUUGAUCGUCCUAGGGAUAGUGGAGAGCCAAAGGUGAUGUUUUCAUCCAUGCCUCCUUGUUUGAUAUCAUCGCUUAAGUUUGCUUAAUUGAAAAGUCCGAUUUUGGGGUAUGAAGGAGAAAUGGAGCCAGUAAGAUACUUCCUGAAGAAUUCAAGAGUCCUGGAGAAACUGAGUCUAAGUUUUGAGAACCAUAAUAGAAAAAAAGCAAAUUCUCCAGGAACUCCUUACAAUACCAAGAUGCUCUAGCCUCUAGCACUUGUGAAGUUGUUUUUCUUCGAUUGGAAAAGAACAUUGUUUAACAUGUGAGGUUAUUUAACCUUUCUUAUGUCUCUUUAUAAUUGUUUUCGUGUUAUAACAAUUUCUGUUUCGACUUUUAUUUUAUAUUUUAUGAAACAAAGUAUUGUCUUCUAUGUGUCUGUAAAACAACUUUUUAAAUCGAACUGGGUUUUCAUAUUUGAGCUUGUUUUUCCAUCAAAUCUGAUUUAGUAUGUUGUGAACUUGUAUAUGCAUUUUGUUGUUUUGUUCUUGUCAAUAUAGUAACAUCAUUGUUGUAUUUGUAUCUAAGUCAUGGAAAAUGUUAUACUAUUGCAAAAUGUGUAUUUGAGCAUCUCACUGUAAGAUGAAUAUUAAUCAAAGAACAAUACAUGGAAAAACUUAUGCUUGCUAUGUUUCGAGUUUUAGUUUGUAUCAAUUUCUGUUUUGAAAAUUAUAUUAAAACAUACAACAAACAGUAUUUUGAAGAAAAGACGAUAUAUAGUUUUGUAGUGCACAUUCAGAAACAAAUUGGCCAUUCUUUGUCUAAACGUUGAUUUGCAAAAAAAAAAAUGUUGAGAACAAUUAAUAAAUAAUAGGAAACUGUAAAUAACAAUUAAUAAAUCAUAUUAAUAAAAUAUAUGAUUUCUAGGGCAGUCAAAUUACGACCCACAUUCAUAUAAAUUAACUUAACCCAAACUUAUUAGGGUUUCAGUUGUUGGGCUUCAGUCUAAACAAAACACACUCAUUAGUGAGAAAGGUAAACACUCAAUUUCCAGGCAAGUGUUUACAUUUCCGGAAGUGACUGCAUUCCCUUCGGCCAAAUAAACCAAAAGACCUUGAAGAACCCUAAGUCCCAUUUGAUCUAGGUUCUCUCUCUCUCUCUCUCCAAAAGAGCUUCAAUGAGAUUUUUGAUUAGUGUUGGUCGCAGAUUUAUGUUUUCCUAUUUAUCUUCACAUGCAUCCAGGCUGUCUCUCUAAAACUUUUGUUUUCAGUUUUGUUACGCAGACUAGUUUCUACUCCUGAAAAGACAUGAUUGAUAGAGGGAAAACAAAACAAGCUAGUUCCAGAAGGUUGAACCGCGGUUUGAAGGAAUAUAGGAUAAGCCAGUUACCUGAUCCAUUGAUAUGUCAUGUACUUUCUCUUCUCUCCACAAAAGAAGCUGUUGGAACAAGCAUUUUAUCUACCCGAUGGAGGAAUCUCUGGCUUUGGGUUCACCGUUUUGAAUUGUCACAUUGGGAGUUCCUAGAUUUUAACGCCUUUGUGAGUUUUGGUAACAGGUAUUUCGACUCAACCAGGCUUUCAUGCAUACACAAUCUCAAGUUAACGAUUGAUGAAAACGAAGCAUCUUAUCUCACACCAUGGAUUGAUGCCUUAGUUAAGAGUAAGAUCCAACAUCUAUGUGUUCGCCGUACUGGAGGAGGGUCUUCUUUUCAUGAGAUGCCCCUAAGCCUUUAUGUCUGUGAGACACUGGUAUCCUUAAAACUCGUUCAACUAACCUUGGUUGAUACGGAGUUUGUUUCCUUACCAUGUUUGAAGACUAUGCAUCUAUAUAACAACAUUUAUCCCAAAGAGACCACUUUUGAGAGACUUGUCUCAUCUUGCCCUGUCCUAGAAGACUUAAUGAUAGACGUACUAAGGAAUGAUGCAAAAGUGUAUCGGGUCCAUUCUCGAUCACUGAAGAGGCUCCGUUUUCUACGAAGUUCUUCUCUCCAGUCUGAUUCUGUUCCAGGAGUUGUGAUUGAUGCUCCUCUACUAUGCUCUUUGAGAAUCAGUGACGGUGUAUCAAAAAUGUUUAUAGUAAAGGAUAUGAAGUGCAAUGCUAAGCUAGAUAUCUCUUUCGACUUUGGUUUGGAGGCUUUUGACGAAUCAAAUGUUUCAUCAAUAAGCCACAUACGCAAUUUUCUGUCUGGGAUCUCGAGGGUUAGGGAUAUGACUAUAUCUGCGUUCACUUUCGAGAUCAUUCAUCACUAUUCCAAACUAGAACCCCUGCCUCGGUUUGACUGCAUGACCCGCCUGGAUGUUAUAGUUUGUGCAUCUAUUUACAAUGGUUGCCAACUUUUCUUGAGCGCUGCCCGAAUCUGACAUCCCUCGAACUGGUAAUGAUCAUCGACUUUUUUCAUACCUUUGAAGAUUCCAUGCAUCUUCUCAUUGUGUUCUAAUCCUCUCUUUUCUCUUUAGGAAUUGCGCAAUGAUGAGGAAAUGCAUCCCAGGGAGAUGAAUCAAAUAAGUUUUUCAUCUGUGCCUGUGUGUUUGCUAUCAUCUCUAGAGUUUGUUGAUUUCGCAAUCUGGGGACAUUUUCCAGAAAUGAAGCUAGUCAGGUACUUACUAGAGAGUUCAACAAGCCUCAAGAAACUCACUCUAAAUGUCAACCAUGAUUCAAUAGAUUAUGACAUCUUCUAUGAACUACUGAAAAUUCCAAGACGCUCAACCAUAUGUGAAGUCGUCGUUGUUGAUUUCUAAGCAUGUGACGAUUAUUAUGAUUAAAUCAGUUUGAUGUGGUAAAUUCUUUUGCCAUACAAGGAAUGCAAUUUAGGCGAUUUGGUAUGUUUAUUAUCGUUGGAGUAAAUGAGAUGAAACAUGUUUUAAGGAACAUUUUCAAGACUUCAUGUUGUUCGUUGUUCACUUGUUUGAUAGCCUCUCUUUUUUUUAUUAUCAUCAAAAAUCUGUGUGUAAACGAGUUUUUGACUUUCUUUAUUCUUGGCAAAAGAAAAUUCUAUAUAACAUGCUGAAAUUUGUAUUAUAAUGUGGUUCAUGCUUGUCUUUUAUUCAAAAGUUAAGACGAAGAAACUGCUUCGAAAGUUAAGCAAAAACCAACACGUGUCACUAUUUAUCCUUAUGUUCUAACAGCAUGAGGAGAGACUUAAGUCUACUUUAUUGUUAUAGAUAGAUACAUAUAAAACAAAUUGUAUAAUGAUAUGUCUAUUGCUUCCGACGAGAAAAAUACAGUCCUAUUUCAUUUAAUUUUUUUUUCUUACAGAAAUCCAGUUCUAAUUACAACCUAUAUAUUUGUUAAAUUUUGAUAUUGUUCAAUAAAGUUGUCAAAAAUUAUAUUAGAUUACUAUUAAACAAAAAUAUAAUUACAAAAAACACAAAUAUAAAAUAAUUUUUUUAAAAAUAUAAAACAAAAAAUAUACCCGUUCUUUCGAGGACAGAUCAUAAUCUAGUAUUAUAUAUAAAAUUCAAAUGCUAACGAACAUACUAAUAUAACAACAAUAUAUAUAUAUAUAUAAAAAAACUUUUACCUUA